UUCAGGCGGUUGGCCAUGUUGAUUGUGUCAUUGUUAUUGUUUUUGACUUCACAUCUAGUAAUUAGGGCAAAGGUAACGGGAGCGAUUCCCGAUCCAGUGUUGUUGAAUGUACACAUCGAGGUUCUUCGGUAAAGUGUCAAGAAUCUCCGUUUCACUCGUGCAGUUUCACAGCCGUUCCUGUUUGUGGAUUACUGCAGUCUCUUGUCUUACUGAGUUGAAUCAUUCGGGUAAUAAUGGAUAAUCAGGUGUUCGAGUCCACUGCAGAGCGGACGUUUCAGUAUCAGAGCAGCCUCCCUCCUCUACCCGUGCCCGAUCUACAGAACACACUGAACAAAUACCUGCAUUCAGUGAAACCUUUUGCAUCUGAGGAGGAGUUUGGAGCCACAGAGGCCAUUGUGAAACGCUUUGAGAAGGGUAUUGGACAACAGCUGCACCAGAAGCUUCUACAGAGAGCCAAGAGCAGGCGCAACUGGCUUGAGGACUGGUGGCUAGACACAGCAUAUCUAGAGGUGCGCAUCCCCUCUCAGCUGAAUGUGAAUUUUGGGGGACCUACAGCCUACCUGGAGCACUGCUGGCCUCCACGUGAGGGCACACAGCUGGAGAGGUCCAGCAUAAAUUUGUGGCACAGCCUCCAGUACUGGGACCUUAUCCGCACGGAGAGGCUGGCUGUUCAUAAAGCAGGAACAACACCCUUUGACAUGGAUCAGUUCCGCAUGCUCUUCUGCACCUGCAAAGUGCCUGGCAUCACUAAAGACAACAUCCUCAACUUCUUUAAAACAGAGAGCGAAGGACCCUGCCCUUCUCACAUGAUAGUGAUGUGUCGUGGGAGGGUAUUCACAUUUGAUGCUCUUUGUGAUGGUCGUAUCCUCACUCCCCCAGAGCUGCUGAGGCAGCUCACUUACAUUAAAGAAUGCUGUGAUGGAGAGCCUGAGGGGGACGGUGUGAGCGCUCUCACCACUGAGGAAAGGACCCGCUGGGCGAAGGCUCGGGAGUAUCUGAUCUCCAUUGAUCCUGUGAAUAAGAACAUACUAGAGACUAUUCAGAGCUCUUUAUUUGUGCUUGCGCUGGAUGAUGCCAAGCCCUAUGCCACCCCUGAAAACUACACACAGUUGACCCAUCUGGCAUUAACUGGUGACCCCACAAUCCGCUGGGGUGAUAAAUCUUACAAUCUCAUCUGCUUCUCUAAUGGGACCUUCGCUUCUAACUGUGAUCAUGCGCCAUAUGAUGCCAUGGUUUUAGUGUCUAAUGGAUACUAUGUAGAUCAAAAACUGAAGGCCUGUGGUGGAGUAUGGAAGGGUUCAGAGGUUGUGCGUGAGAUGCCUGUGCCGGAGGAGCUGAUAUUCACCGUGGACGAACGGGUGAGGAGAGACAUUGCUUUGGCUAAAGAACAGUACAACAAAAGUUCUCAGGACCUGCAGGUUGUCAGUUACGCCUUUACCUCCUUUGGAAAAGCAGCCAUUAAGAAAAAGAAGCUUCACCCUGACACAUUUGUACAGUUGGCUCUUCAGUUAGCAUAUUACAGGCUACAUGGAAAGUCUGGUAGUUGUUACGAGACGGCCACCACACGCCGUUUCUUCCAUGGCCGCACAGAGACCAUGAGGCCCUGCACUGUGGAGGCCCAGCACUGGUGCAGAACCAUGUUGAACCCUACAGCCACUAUUGAAGAGAAAAGACAAGCUUUAAAUGCAGCUUUCAGCAAACAUAACAAACUGAUGGGAGAGGCACAGGAUGGAAGAGGCUUUGACAGACACCUCCUGGGCUUGUAUCUGAUUGCUAAAGAGGAGGGUCUUCCUGUGCCUGAACUCUACACAGAUCCACUCUACUCUAAAAGUGGAGGAGGGGGGAAUUUUGUGCUUUCUACUAGUCUAGUGGGCUACACUACUGUACUGGGAGCAGUUGCACCCAUGGUGCCCCACGGAUAUGGGUUUUUCUACCGCAUUCGUGAUGACAGAAUUGUUGCAUCCUGCACCGCUUGGAAGUCCAGUCCAGAGACAGAUGCUGAAACUCUGUUUCAGAACCUCUGUACCUCUUUCCAUGACAUCAUGCAUGUCACUACUCUGUCCCAACUGUAAAGUAAAGUAUUCUGGCAAGGGCUGCAGGGCUGAGAUGAUCUCAGGCAUGACCUUUCCUUUAAUCUGCUAUGCUGGAAAUUUAAAGGGUUCAUAUGCUUCCUUUUUCAGUCAUAGAGUUUAUAAAGUUACCAGACAUUAAGAUGUUGAUUUUCAGAAAUAAUCUGGAAUAGUUUUAGUACAGCAGGUGCUUUAAACUCUCACGUGCCUUCAGUUAGUCAUCUCUGAAUCACUUAAAUCAGGAAAUCCUCCUCUGAGGUGCUUCAUGAUUUCUAACCAACAGUUUAUGCUACAUUAGCAGUAUUGCUUCCUAUUAAUUGUAGACCUGUGAAACUAGAAUGUCACAGGAAGCAUCUCAUGCAUCUUAAAGGGACAGUUCACCAAAAAAUGAAAAUUCUGUCAUCAUUUACGUACCUUCAAGUUGUUCCAAACUGGUAUGCAUUUUUUUUUUUUUUAAAUCUGUUUCAUCACAAAAGCAGAUAUUUUUUGAUUAUCAGCAUUCUUCAAAAUCAAGUUGUUCCAAACCUGUAUGAGUUUCUUUGAUCUGUUUAACACAAAAGAAGGUAUUUUGAAGAAUGCUGAUAAACAGUGGUUUGGUUAACAGCAUUCCUCAAAAUCAAGUUGUUCCAAACCUGUAUGAGUUUAUUUCAUCUGUCACCAAACAGUUGACGGUAACCAUUGACUGCCAUAGUAUAUUUUCCAUACAAUGGAAGUCAAUGGCUACCGUCAACUGUUUGGUGACAGAUGAAAGAAAAUCAUACAGGUUUGGAACAACUUGAGGGCGAGUAAAUGAUGACAGAAUUUUCAUUUUUGGGUGAACUAUCCCUUCAAGUCCACUAGAGAGAGACAUUAACCCAGUUCAGUUUGUUUUUUAAGCUGAUCUUUGUUCUCUAGUGACUCAUGGGCAAUAAACAGCCCUCAAGUGUGGAACUUGAUCCUGACCUCUUACAUAUACAGUAGAUAUAUGGUUUGAUUUCACAUUUUAAUGCACAAUCAAUGCAACAGCACAAAUAUAAUGCGGACAUAAUUCCUCUUUCUUAAUUUUAAGAUUUUCUUAACUAUCAUGUGUCUUUUCAAAUUUCAAGGCUUAAUGCACUAGAGCCAAAUAUUUUGCACCAAUAGGAUAUAAAUGAAUGUUUUUAUUUUGAAGAUAUAUGUGCUGAUGUAAAAAUUUUAGUUUGUUGAUAAUUGUAGAUUUGAUUUGCACUGCUCUCUUAGUUAAGAAACACUGAAUAAACGUUCCUAAAGUUGUAGGCUAUUACAGGCUGUUUCCUUUCCACCUGUUAUUUUGAAUUACAAAUUUUGUCAUACUUGUAUGAAAAUUUGAAUGUGAAUUGCCUACAAGUUUACCAAGAAUACAGGUUGGCUUGUUGUCUAUUGCAUACUCAAUUACCUGCAAAAAUAUUGCAAACAUUGCCACUGACUAAGUAUUUAUAAGGUGUGAAUAUCCAUGUAUUUGUAUAGGAAUUUUAGUUGACCAAACCAUCUUUGCCUGGUUGUUUUCAGUUCUUGCAUUCUGGUGUUUCUGAUAUGUGCAUUGAUUGUAAAUAUUUUACGUUUGCAAUUGUAGUGAUCCCAGCUCUUUAAUUGCUUGUUUAAUGCAUAAAGUUAUUUUGUGGAAAUAA